AGCUAACGCCCGUCGUUGCGAGACUCAUCUCGUGACGCACCAUCGCCACUUCCUCGCGUUCGACGCCCAUGCGCACUUCAAUUCUCUUCCCGUUUUAGAUCGAGCCUGGCCAUCGCGGCCUUGCAUGAGAGCACUUGAAGCAUUGAGGCAUUGCACCGCAGGCGUCGACGAGGAUGGCGGGUCAUGGCAAGUCUGGAUUGGUGCGAAUUGGCCAUCGCGAGGGCGAGGGCGAGGGUGAGAGCGCGAAGGAGAAGUCGAUGGAGGAAGUGGUGCGAGACGGGGCAUUGGUGGCGCAGAUUGUGCAGCACUUGAUGAGCGAUGUGGACCGGCAGUCUGCGGCGUCGGUGUGCAAGGUGUGGAACGAAGCCGUGGCGUGGAGCGCAUACAAGCUCGUGGUGAGGUGCCGGACCUCGCUGGCGGAGCUGUCCCCGAGGUUUUGGCACAUCACGGACCUGGAUCUGUCGAAAUGCACGAAUCAGCUGGAGGAUCAGGACCUUAGGGUCGCCGCUGCGGCGUUCUUGCGGUUAAAGAGGUUGCGAAUUGGUCACGUGGAUCACUGGCAGUGUAAGGUGACGGAAGCAGGCGUGACGGCCUUUGCUGAGAGCUGUGUGGAUUUGGAGCAGGUGCAAUUGUCGUCGUUGCCGUUGUUUCGUGAUGCCGGGCUGAGCGUGCUUGUGCAUAGGUGUGUGAAGUUGCGUGUGUUGCAUCUUGAGAACUGUAGGAGCCUAGGACAGGAGGCCGUGGAGGCAAUUGCGGGAUGUAAUGAAUUGCAAGAACUCAGCUUGAAAGGAGAAUUUAGGUUUACAUGGUCGGGGUUAGCAAUUGAUGGCAUGAAAUGCGUAGGAUUGUUGAAAUUGGUGCUGGAGCUCGGGGCCGUGAAUAUCGACCAGGCUUUGAAGUCUGUCGCUCAUGGUUGCCACAUGCUUCGAGACUUAUCACUAAAAUAUACGACAGCAAAUUUGUGGGAGCUUUCACGAUGCACGUCUCUUCGUUCGCUGGCAUUUGAAAGCGAUGAGGAGUACCAGUUGGAUGAAGCAGUGGUUGCCAUCGCAACCGCCAACAAGAACCUAACUGAGUUUGUAUCUCCCAAUCGGCUGAGCGACUCCGCUGUAAUUGCACUGCUUCUGAAAUGCCCACAGCUACAAAAACUACAUCUGGACGCAACGAAUCUCACGGAGGGCGUUUUGUCAUGUAUCCAGCAGUGUAAAUUUCUUUCAGAUCUGUCUCUCGACAAUUUCCAGAGCACUGGGCAAGGGCUUGGGGGAAUCGGGCUGUGUGGAUUAGAUUUCAACAAAUUUUCUCUUCUACAUGCGCGAGUCCGAGAUAUGGAAUUGCAAUUGCUGAUGGACGGAAACAGGCAGUUAGGGCAUUUGGUGCUUCGAGGCUGUACCGGCCCUACUGCAAUUGGAUACUCUUCGAUUGCUUUAUGCUCCAAUUUGCAGUUUCUUGAUUUAAGUUACACUACCGUCGACGACUUGAGUCUCAUCAGCAUAGCCAGUGGGGCUAAAAAUCUCAAACAGCUUAUUAUUGUGAAAUGUGAUUCCAUUACUAACAUGAGUGCUGUUGCCCGAUUCACUUCGUUAGAAUCUCUUACACUUGACGACUGCGCCUUCGUUACUGACGAGGGGCUUGAUGUACUGUCUCGGAAAUGCACCCGGCUCAUGCACCUCAGCUUGGCUUUUACCAGGGUCACAGACAUUGGUUUGAAGAACAUGAGCAAAUGUGAACUGCUACGAAGCUUAAGAGUAUCAUUUUGCAACGGUGUGCAGGAGUCAGGAGUAGUCACCAUAGCCAAGGCUUGUGGAUGGUUUCAUCAUGUCGUAAUGAGCCAUCGCUUACGAGGGUCCUCUACUGCAAAUACUCUUAGACAACUUCGUUGCACUAUGCGCUUUGAAACAGAUGAGACGGCCCUAGUUCCGUUUGAUGCAAGCCUUAAUUUCUUUUGAGGGUUGGAACUCUGCAACCAGAUUUGCAACUAUAUUGUAAUAUGCAAAUUAGACUCGCUAAAUAUGAAACUUUCAUUUUCAGGGAA